AUGUUGUGUUGCUAUGCGCUGCUCUUCAGUAUCCUCUGGAUUGUGGUCUGGUUCUUGCGCGACCGGCAGACAUUGAGCUCCUACAAGGACAAGCAUGUCUUCAUCACAGGCUGCGACACGGGUUUCGGGAACAUGCUGGCCAAGCGCCUGGACAAGAAGGGCUUUCAGGUGCUGGCAGGUUGCCUAACCCAGAAGGGGGCUGAUAACCUGCAGCGGUCCAGCUCGCCAAACCUGCGCACCAUCCUGCUGGACGUCACCAACUCCGAGAGCAUCUCUAAAGCCGUGCAGUGGGUGAAAGGUGAAGUGGGAGAAAAAGGGCUCUUUGGCCUGGUGAACAACGCAGGUGUGGCCAACCCCAUUGGCCCCACAGAAUGGAUGAGCGUGGAGGAUUACCGCAAGGUCAUGUCUGUCAACACCUUUGGGGUCAUCGAGGUCUCUCUGGCCUUCCUACCUUUGCUCAAACGGGCACGUGGCCGAGUGGUCAACACCUCCAGCGUCUUGGGUCGCCUCUCAGCCAAUGGCGGUGGCUACUGUGUUUCCAAAUACACUGUUGAGGCCUUCUCCGACAGCCUCAGGAGGGAUAUGUACCAUUUUGGGAUAAAGGUCUCUAUUGUGGAGCCGGGCUUCUUCAAGACGGCUGUGACCAACCUUGAAUCAAUAGAAGCCUCCUUAAGGCUACUCUGGGACCGAUUGAGCCCCGAGACUCGGCAGAGCUAUGGUGAAGACUUCUUUCCAAACUACCUGAAAGUCCAGAAGUUCAUCAUGAACAUCAUCUGCGACCCAGACCUCAGCAAAGUGACCAACUGCAUGGAGCAUGCCCUUCAGGCCAAAUACCCCCGCACCCGCUAUAGCGCUGGCUGGGAUGCCAAGUUUGUGUGGCUGCCAGUCUCUUAUCUACCUGCCUUCAUGGUGGACAUUGUUUUGGCUACCAUCCUACCCAAGCCAGCCCAUCGGGCCCGCUAGACUCCCCGAACCUCACAGCUCACCUCUCUCCAGGACCAAGCCUGUGGACCAGCUGUCAAUCAGACAGACCACAUUCCUUCGCAAGAACUAU